AUGGUAUCAUAUCUCCAAAAUUAGUUCAGGCAAAGACAGUAGUUUCCCUAUCACAAAUGGAAUCAGGACAAAGGAAUUUCAGGAAUUUGAAAGAAUUAUUUGAAGAAAUAUUAUAUGGAUCCAUGACAUUAGUGGAGUUAUUAUCUUGUCAGAGGCUUGUUUUUCCACUGGUUCCAGAAGAAACAGUGGCUAGUCUUUUACACAAAACAGAUGAAGAUGGAAGACUUAAUGCUACAGAGAGUGAAGAAGUUGAGAACAAAGCUUUUGAAUGCAUUGAAACUGCUAUUUUAGAAACCAAUGACUCUGAUAAAAUUAUAAGAUGA